AUGGCUGGUAGGCUGGUGUGUGUGAGACGCAUUUUGGAGCGAUAUGCAAACGUCACCGGCAAGCGAUACAUGUCACACUAUCCGAUAGACGAACACAUAUUUGGACUCACCAGCGAGCAGCAACAGCUUCGCAAAGUAAUUUUUGACUUUGCGCAAAAAGAAUUAGCGCCGAAAGCAGCAGAGAUCGACAAAACGAAUAAUUUCAAAGAAUUGAGAGAGUUCUGGAAGAAGCUCGGUAACCUCGGUGUGUUGGGUAUAACAGUGAGUCCGGAAUAUGGCGGCACGGGUGGGAAAUAUUCAGAUCAUUGUGUUAUUAUGGAGGAAUUGUCACGAGCUUCCGGUGCCAUUGCUUUGUCGUAUGGUGCCCAUUCCAACUUAUGCCUCAACCAGAUCAACCGUAACGGAUCGCAUGAACAGAAGAUCAAAUAUUUGCCUAAACUGUGUUCUGGAGAGCACAUCGGUGCGUUGGCUAUGUCGGAACCCGGGUCAGGUAGCGACGUGGUAUCAAUGAAGCUUCGAGCUGAGAAAAAGGGUGACUACUAUAUUCUCAACGGUAACAAGUUCUGGAUAACUAAUGGCCCUGACGCUGAUGUAUUAGUGGUUUACGCUAAAACAGAUUUAACUAGCAAACCGCAACACGGGAUUUCAACCUUUUUGAUCGAGAAGGACUACCCAGGAUUCACUACGGCGCAGAAACUAGAUAAACUUGGUAUGAGGGGUUCAAACACUUGUGAAUUAGUGUUUGAAGAUUGCAAGGUGCCCGCAGAAAAUUUGCUAGGUGACGAGAACAAAGGUGUUUACGUGUUGAUGUCUGGGUUGGAUUUAGAACGGCUGGUUUUAGCAGCUGGUCCCGUGGGUCUGAUGCAAGCGGCCAUUGACGCUGCUUUCGCUUAUGCACACACGAGAAAGCAAUUUGGCAAAAAUAUAGGGGAAUUCCAACUACUUCAGGGCAAAAUGGCAGACAUGUACACAACACUUAGCGCAAGUCGCAGUUAUCUUUACAACGUUGCCAGAGCAUGUGACGAGGGGCAUGUCAACAGCAAAGACUGCGCUGGCGUGAUACUAUACUGCGCUGAGAAGGCCACUCAAAUCGCUUUGGAUGCUAUACAGAUAUUAGGAGGAAAUGGCUUCAUUAAUGACUAUCCAACAGGAAGAAUACUAAGGGAUGCCAAACUCUAUGAGAUUGGUGCCGGUACAUCUGAAGUGCGGAGAAUGCUAAUUGGAAGAACAUUGAAUAGUGAAUAUAAA